AUGCUGGGCAUGAACGCCAAGGCGCCUUUCGGCGUGCACCCUGCCCUGCAGGAAGCCAAGUUCGCCAGCCUGCACUCCAGCUCAGAGGCGAUGCGCCGCGUGUGCCUGCCAGCCCCGCAGCUGCAGGGCAAUAUAUUCGGGAGCUUUGAUGAGAGUCUGCUGGCCCGCGCGGAAGCUCUGGCGGCGGUGGACCUGGUCUCGCACGGCAAGAGCCAUCCUUUCAAGCCCGACGCCACCUACCAUACCAUGAGCAGCGUCCCCUGCACGUCGGCGGCGUCCAGCUCCUCGCCCCCCGUGGCCAUCUCGGCGCCCUCGCACCACCAUCACCACCACCACGCGCAACAUCCUCACCAUCACCCGCACCAUCCCCACCCGCACGCACCCGGGGCGCAGCACCAAAGCCUCGACGGCGGAGACCUCCUGGAGCACCUCUCUCCCGCGCUGCUGGGCGGCCCCGAGCCGGGCGCGGUGCUGGCCGGCCCCAUGCACCCUCACGCGCACCCACACCUCGGCGCAGCCAUGGGCCACCUCCACCAAGCUAUGGCGAGCAUGGCACACGCUCCUCCGCCGCCUCCUCCCUCCACGGCCCAGGUGCCGGCUCCCCACUCGGGUUUGCCUUGCCUGGGCGAUGUGGAGUCGGACCCUCGCGAGCUGGAGGCGUUUGCCGAGCGCUUCAAGCAGCGGCGCAUCAAGCUGGGCGUGACCCAAGCCGAUGUGGGCGCGGCGCUGGCCAGCCUGAAGCUGCCCGGCGUGGGCUCUCUGAGCCAGAGCACCAUCUGCCGCUUCGAGUCGCUCACGCUGUCGCACAACAACAUGAUCGCGCUCAAGCCCGUCUUGCAAGCGUGGCUCGACGAGGCAGAGGCCGCCUGUCGCGAGAGGAGCGCGCAGGCCGAGCUGCUGCGCGGCGCCGAGCGCAAGCGCAAGCGCACGUCCAUCGCGGCGCCGGAAGCUCUCGGCGCGCUGUGGGGGCUCGAACCGCGCCCGUCGUCCGAGAAAAUCGCCGCCAUCGCAGACAAGCUGGAGCUCAAGAAGAACGUCGUGCGCGUCUGGUUCUGCAACCAGAGGCAGAAGCAGAAGCGCAUGAAGUACUCGGCGGGGCACUGAGAACGCCAGGUGCACCAAAGACC